AUGACUCGAAAACUAGUUCUCGAGCACCGAGCAUCGAUUAUCGAGCGCAACACCGUCGACAUGUCUAAUUCCACAAUCCCCAAUCAACUCAAAAAGCCCAUCUCUAUCUCGCUGAGCCUAAAAAUCAGCGAGGAAGACCGCAACUACCUCCUUGAAGACGGCGCAGAACCACUUCUUCCAUUGUUCCGCAAACUUUUCGAGAAACAGGAAGGUGAAAACACCAAAGCCAACCCAGAAGAGGCCGCAAUCCCCCCAUCACUCGAUAUUUCCAGCCGCAUCCGUCUAUUAGACAUCACCAGACACGAUUGGGAUCCCCAGCAAGAAGAUCUCACCUCGGAAGAAGAAUCAGAAUGGGACUACCGCCACAAGCAAUGGCUAGGGCACCUCGCCAAUGCGGUUACCAUGAUAAUGAUCUCCCACUGGACCUCCCUACAAGACUCGGACUCCAGUGAUAGCGACGACAACAGCGCCGCGCUAGGUACCUCUACAGAUGAUGCCGAGAACGAGGACGAGGCAGAUAAACAAUGGGAAAUGGAUGCGCUACAAGAUGCGCACGAACUAAGCGACCGCCUGAUGAAAGAACCCAAGCGGUCCCGUUCGUGGAUCAAGUACCUGGGUCUCGGCGCGGAGGAGCGGACUUUUACAGGGUCUGAUUUCCAGGAGCCUUGUGCUCUCGCUGGAAUGGCGGAAGGGUUUGUGAGUUAUCUGCGGAGAGACAAGGUGGGGAGUAAGCAACAACGCCAAGGUCUGAAGAUCCUGAUGAAAGCUUUGGGGGAGGAUAUAGAAGAGUGUGAAUCGCUUGAGGACUGGUUGGUGACUAGUCUCAUGCUGUUCUUGGGGGCGGCGGAAGUUCUUCGGCUGCAAGAGAACCCGACGAGACAAGCGGCUAAGCCUGUGGUUCUAUUUUUGAGGAACUAUGUAGCGUCGGUGUUACUGGUGGAGUCUGUGUUUGGGGGAGAUGGAAAGGCGAAGACGGAAGAUGAGGGUGAGUAUGUUGUUGUCUGA